AUGGAAUCUGAGGGCACGAAAACUAAGGGAGGCGACGAGAUUGAGGAAGAUGAUGAUCCCGGCCAUGAUCUGACAAUCUAUAGCGUCCAUUCCAUCGUGACUGCUACGGAUAACUUCUCUUUGAGGAAUAAACUCGGACAGGGAGGUUUUGGACAUGUAUACAAGGGGAAACUAUCGGGUGGACGAGAAGUGGCUGUGAAGAAAUUAUCUAAGAGAUCGGACCAAGGGCUGGUUGAGUUUAGAAAUGAGCCCAUCCUUAUAGCCAAGUUGCAACAUAGGAAUCUCGUUAGCCUUUUGGGUUGUUGCAUUCAUGGUGAAGAAAAGAUGUUGGUGUACGAAUAUAUGCCUAACAAGAGUUUGGAUUUUUUUGUUUUUGAUGAAUCGAAGAGGUCGCUAUUAUGUUGGAAUAAGCGAUUCAUUAUCAUUGAAGGGAUAGCUCAAGGAUUGUUGUACCUUCACAAGCACUCAAGAGUGAAGAUUAUACAUAGGGAUUUGAAAGUCGGUAAUAUAUUACUCGAUGAAAAUCUGAAUCCAAAUAUAUUGGAAGCUAACACAAACAGACCCUAUGCUAUGAACGGCACAUUCUCCACUAAAUCGGAUGUCUUUGGUUUCAGAAUAAUGUUGUUGGAAAUUGUGAGUGGAAGGAAGAACUAUCAUCUCAUUCAACUGGAUCCUGCUAUAAACCUCGUGGGAUAUGCAUGGAAGCUGUGGAAGGAAGGCACUCCAUUGUUGUUAAUGGAUCCAACUAUGAGCAAUCCUCACAAUUAUAAGGAUGAGAUACUUAGAUGCAUCAACAUAGGUUUGCUCUGUAUUGAAUACAAUGCAAGUGAUCGUCCAUCAAUGUCAGAGGUAAUCUCAAUGUUAACUAAUGAAGUCGAACCAUUGCCCGUACCGAAACAACCCGGGUUUACAAUGACGAGGACCGUAAGCAUUGGCAAGGAGAGAAGAGAGCCAGAAAAUUGUUCAGCUAAUGAAGUCACCAUGACAAGUAUGAGUCCUCGGUAA